AUGGCGAAAAAUCGUGAGCGUAGCCAACAGCGAACAUCAUGGUCAGCGCAGUCUGACGUUCGCUACGUAGGGCAGUAUGAAGAUGUGACCCCACCACCUUCCUCAGGCGACGAUAAGACACCGACGAACGUCGCUUGCAUUGCAUCCGAAACUCUAGCUGGGGGCGAAGCGCGAGAGCCCACAGAUGACCAAGAGAAGAUAGUUUCGAGAACAUGGACCCCUUCGCAAUGGAGAACACCAGGAAGCGACAAUUCAGAUGCGCAUCUGAACGGCGACAUUGAGAGACGUUCUGCAGUAUUCUCAUGGCUUCGGCGUUUUUGGCUGUUCAGUGACAUGAAAACAGGUUCAUCUGUGGCUACCGUGCCUGAUAUUGAUGCCGGCAUUCGCGCGUGUAGGACCGGUUCUGCGGCAAAGCCUGCGCAGGGCGGACGAGAACAGCUGAACGCAACUAACUCUGAAUUCCGAGAUUCUAUGUCGGGCAAGACAUUUCCACUUCGCUCACUUAUGAGUGGAUGCUUGUGUCGUCUGGUAGCUUUCAGCAGUCUCGUUGGCUCCCCAUCUUUCUGGAGCAAGCGUAGCACCUCCGACAGUGAGCCAGUUGAUAGCCAGAAGGCUGGGCAGACACAGCAUAACCUCCCACCAUCAGGAUCCCAUGCUUCGAACUCAUCUGGCUCAUUGACAUCAAGAUCGUCAGUCGUUCAUCUCACCCCAGGCCGUGCUUCGGACGACACUUCCUGUCUACAAAACAGCUGGUAUUCGGCCGCUGCCUGGAGGGAAGCGGUGAAUCGUACAGUCAGAUUACGGCAAAAGGGAGAAUCGCUACAUGCCUGUGAUGGUGGAGAGCGUCUCCUGACAGUGCUUCCUGUAAAGGAUCCUUGGGCGCUGGUGGUUGGACCCUUGUCCUCGACUACUUCAUCCAUGUCGCCUUCCUCAUCUCCGUCGGAGUGCACAGAGACCUCCUGCCUCUCAUUAGAGCAUUCGUCUGUAUGCGACCAGGCCUACCUCAGUUCGGGUGAGGAAAAUCCUUCUGUUAUCUCAGCAGCACCCCAUGCACCUGUGUGUCGACGCGAACCUUCGAAGUGGAAGGACGCGAUACCGCAGGAGAAACUGACAAUAGCCCAGGGCAAGGGAGUGGAAAGCAUUCUGAAUCGCCCUCUUGCCCCGAAAACACUGCAGGAGUGGGUGUUCGGUUGCCUAUGCUCUGCGUGGAUGGCUUUACGAGGAGGCACCGCAUCGCUUUGCAUGUCGAAGGUUUUCCGAUCUUCGGGAGACGAGCUCCGAAAUUCUGCCGGGAAACCAGGUGCCGACCAAACGAGAUUGCAAUUCCCUUCACAGCUGGGUUAUAGACGGAGGAGCAUGAAAAACUCUCGAACGACUCCACUGUGCAAACCAGGCGACACGGGGACUGCGUCAGUCGAAACCGAACAUUGUGCAUCUAUCAAGUACACGCCUAGCGGUGAAAAGCCUAUUCUUUCUCUCGUGACUAGGCAAGAGAGACAUCCGAAUAUGUCAGCUAGGAUUGUCUUGUCUACUUCUAAUCUAAGGUCGAUGGAUAUGGCAGACUUGCUGCGCAUUGGUAGGGACUUUGUGCCUCCUCAUAUUCUUGAGAACAGAAAAAUGGAAACGGCAUUGAGGCGUGAACUGCGGGGGAGAGUACUUAAGCAGUGGUUUCAGAGGCGCCUCACCCGUUUGCUUGCACUUGUCGCUGUGAUCUCUCUGCUUCUGCUUGUCGCGCAAUUUCUUAGUGUGCCGGUGUGUAUCUUUGGUGGUGUAUUCUUACUGAGUGCCGGUGGGCUGGUGGCUAGUUUCUUCCAUCUCAUACGGUUUCACGGGUUGGCUGUGACUGUAUCGCCUCACACAGCACAAGUUUUGGAGGAGGCAAGGCUUCUUGAUUUGCUGUACGUCCAGCUUUCCUCCGGCAGGCACAGUUUUUACAUAUCCCGUCUUCUGGCACUUCUCUUUUCCAAUCCUACCCCUGAAGAAGCGCUGGCGCUUCUUGAGGGUUGGCAUCCUUUCCUCGUUAAGGUUCUAACCACCCGUGGCGUCGUUCAUGCUAUGCCGCGGUCUGUGCGACGUGCUUUCUACGGGACGGGCGAACACGGGAGAAAAUCAGGGCGCGUUAUUCCCGAAGGGGAACACACUUCCCUCGCUUCUUCGGAGAGGGGGCACCAUUCUAAGCAGGACAGGGAGAGGGGCUGCUCACAUGAAGACACACUGGACAAUGAGACUUACAGACGUCAUUGGACAGGCGGCGCUCUCGGGCGUAUCUGCAUAAACCACGAAGAGGACCAGAGUAGUAAGAACGGAUGCGGUUGGAAGACAGGAAUGAACCCAAGUACUGCCACAGCUACCGGAGAAUCAAAGCAUUCUUCUGAAACACUGAACGACGUUGCUUCUCCCGAGAGCGGUGACUGCAACGCCCCGUUCAGCGCACUGCACGGCUGCAUCGGAUCCCGCACAGAAUCAUGUUGCUCUUCUCCCGCCUUAUUCUCGUCUCCUGAAUUCAUCUGCUUCGCAAAUAGACAAGGACAUCCUCACCAGCCGCCACCAGCAGCGCGUGGCGGCCUCGAGACGCUAUCCUGCCCGCUCCCAGGACCCUACUCUUCAACCUCCACGCCGUCGGUGGGCCGACAAGCAGAAGAAGAGAGGACGAAAACAACCUGCCCGCUGUCAAUAGAGACAGCUCAGGGACUGCUUUCACGACAAAUGUCCCCAGGAAACAGCAGCGACUGCUGCUCGGAAACGGGGGCACAACUCGUCACUCGAGAAAGGCAGAGACGAGGAGGGGAGACCCCUCCGUGGUCGAGAGAAGUCGUUCUCCCUCCAUUGCCAGCUCACGAGUUUGUCCCUUCAUUCGACGCUUACUACAAAGGCAGGGAUUUGAAGAAGUCGGUACUAGAGAGCAGAGCUUCGCAGGUUGUCAGCCAGUUGGGACUUCGUGUUGAGGUCGAGCCUAACGUGUAA